AUGACCCCGAUUGACGGCUACUUCUUUUAUUUGGUGAGGCUUAUGGACGAGCUGCGGCAAGGGGACAAGAAAAAGCAAGAAAAAUGGGUGGAUGAGCUGAAGGAAUGGCCGUUUUGGCGGGCAGUUAUAGCGGAGUUCAUGGCCACCUUUCUGUUCAUCUUCAUAUCCACAAUGUCCGCUGUUGAUAUGGAUACUACGGUUGACCCCUCCGCUAAAUACGUCAAAGUUGGUCUGACGUUCGGUAUUAUGAUUGCCGUAGGCAUACAGAUGAUAGGACACGUGUCCGGGGGUCACAUUAAUCCAGCCGUUUCCUUGGCAAUGGCCGUUGCUCGACAGAUAAGUCCAUUGCGAGCGGUGUUCUACGUACUUGCACAGUUGAGCGGCGGGAUGUGCGGCUCACUUUUACUCAAAGGGGUAACUCCUUCGAGGUUUAAUGAUAACCUUGGACUUACAGCAGUCAACUCUGAACUGAACGCUGGUCAAGCGUUCGCCUGUGAGCUGGUGUACACCUUUAUAUUGGUCGUGUCUGUAUUUGGAUGCACGGACCCCAAUAGGGCAUUACUUGGAAGCCCGGCCCUCAGCAUUGGGUUUACUGUUGCUGCCCUGCACUUCGCCUCAAUCCCAUUUACAGGUGCAGGAUUUAAUCCAGCCCGCUCCUUCGCUGUGUCUGUAGUGUCUAAUUCCUUUGAACAUCAUUGGGUGUACUGGGUUGGCCCUAUGGUAGGUAGUGUUGCGGCAGCAUUGGCCUACAAAUUCGUGCUGUGCCCGUAUAAAUCAACGUCGACAUACCCAGAGGUGGCCGCUAAAAUAAUUCAGUCCGGUGAAGUUUCCAAACAUCAACCCCAGCUCAAGCAUGGGAACGACAAAAUGACUCUGGCAGACAUUUCCGUGUGA